CGAGAUUUGCUGUAGAUGGUAGGUGAUCUCAAGUUCGGAUGGUCUGGUUAAAUUGUGGCGUAGUCCCUCCUGGGACAAGGAAUCUCUAUAGGAGACAAAAACAAUCAUUUUGCAGAAUGGAGCCUAACCCCGGUUUGAUACAGCCUCCUUCCAAGGAUAGCCUUUAUUCGACCCCCCUGGUACUCUUCCAUGAUGGCGGAGGCACGACAAUAUCCUACUAUCACUUGGGAUCUCUUGGUCGACCAGUCUAUGGAAUUGCAGACCCAUCCUUCUUUACGGGACGCAUGUGGUCCGGGCUUCCUCAGAUGGCAAGGGUCUAUGCAAAUCUUAUUCGAACAACAAUGACGAACACUCGGAUUAUACUUGGGGGUUGGUCACUAGGUGGUUUCAUCGCCCUCGAGGUUGCACGUAUCCUGGAAUGUGAGGGUCAAUUUCAUGUCGUGGGCGUGGUGAUGAUCGAUAGUCCCUAUCCUCACGGACCAGCGGACAAACUUGUCCCGCCACGUCCAUUCCUUCAUUCAAACUGUUCUCCAGAGACAAGAAUGUUUGUUUCCCGGUCCAUGAAGCGGGCGCACAAAUUGGUUGAGAAGUGGUCUGUGCCUGACUGGACGUCGUCAUCGUUCCCAAAUAUGGGUGCUGCACCCCCGGUGUUACUUCUGCGGUGCCAGGAGUAUGUGCCGGACGAGCAGUCAGAGAAAGAACAUGCUCCCGCGCGAGUAUCGGUUGACCGAUGGAGGCAUCUGCGAAUGUUGGGAUGGGAAAGGACGGAUGGAAUGGUUCGUGGAGUGCUCGAUAUUCCGGGCCAUCAUUUCAAUCUAAUGUGGGAAGACAAUCUGGAUGCUAUUACCCGGCAACUGAAGCUGGCGUGCAAGAUGCUAGACUUGUCACUGAUCAGAUAAAAGACGAAGGGCGCUUUGGUACUAUAGAGGUGGAGGCAGCUGAUAGAUACUAGUUGGGCCUUGGGGGAUUUUUGUUGCAAUUCGUAUUAGUGAGAAGCAGACAAUAUCACCAGCGCAUGAUGCGUCGAGA